GAUACGCCAAUGGAUAGAAAGCGUAAAUCAAUCUUUGCAUCAUCUCAUGAUGACAAUGUAGCAAGAACAAGAGUGAAGAAACAUCAUGACUAUAGUCCUAUAAAAACUUCUUCGCAACAGCCCUUCCCAGACAGUGAUUUACAAAAUGACAUACAAACAAUAUGCAUGCUCGUUAACAAAAUUACUACGGUUUCUGAGAGUCGAGGUGUCAAGCCCAGCUCGGAGAUUUAUGAAGCAGCUAAAAAAUUCACCCUAGCCCUACAGAAGACGUCGCUUUUUGCCAAUACGACCACAAACUUGAACGGCAAUGAUGCUGAUGUAUCUUCAAGGCCACUACCAUGUCUUGCCAGACGUUUGCCACCAUUACCCCCCAUCAAAGACGACCGACUCGAACGAGCAGUUUUUACACAUCCCGGCGUGGCCAAAGAUUCGAGAACAACUUAUGAUAGGCUUGAAAUCUUAGGUGAUGCGUAUAUAGAGCUUAUCUCCACCAAACUCAUAUGGAACAAAUUCCAGCACAUACCAUCUGGUCGCAUUUCUCAAAUUAGGGAACUUCUGGUGAAGAAUGAGACACUGGCUGAAUACGCCACCCAGUACGGCAUUGACAAAAAAGCCUCAGUUCCAGCUGAGCUUUACAAUCAGCCAAAGAGAUGGAUUAAGACGAAAGGGGACAUCUUCGAAGCCUACGUUGCUGCUGUUAUUUUGUCUCAUCCCGAUGGCUACUCCGUUGCUGAAACGUGGCUUUCUGAGCUUUGGUCGCCGAAACUGGAUAGCUUCGAAGGAUCAGUUUCAACUUUCCAGGCCAAGGAGGCACUUGCAAAGAAAAUCAACGGGAGAGGCGCCAAACUGAGGUAUAUUGACGAAAAGGAAUCAGUUCAGCAUCAGGGAGGAACGCAAACUUUUUUUAUUGGCGUAUAUUUUACAGGUUGGGGCUGGAACAAUAAGCAUCUCGGUUCUGGACAAGGGUCAAAUAAAACGAUUGCCGGAGACAGGGCAGCUCAACAAGCCUUGGAGAAUACCGAGUUAAUCCAGGAAAUUGUCGCGUCCAGACCAACGCAUGGAACAGGAACGUCAUAG